CUGCCGAGCUAAGACACUGUAGAAUUACUUUUUCUUAAGGUUAUUAUUGAAACAUCAUGGCGUGCACUCGAUUUUUGCGAUCUGUUUGGAUUUUCGGAUUCUGUUUAGCUUUAAUUUUAAUGGUAUGUUUGGCUGACGAGCUUAACAAGGAAGACGAUGAAAAGACUAUAACAGACGAUGACGUAUCAGCUAAAAUGCUCUCCAAGUCUGGAAAAAUCAUGAUUGUUCGAGAUAACGACGACGAUGAUGAUGACGAUGAUGAUGACGAUGAUGAUGACGAUGACGAUGACGAUGAUGAUGACGAUGACGAUGACGACGAUUUUAGGGACGAUAAUGAAGAGAUGCUAUCAUUUGAAGUAGACGAGUUGAAGGAAAAAGAUGUCGAUGGAAAUGAUGUUGAUACGGUGGACAAGCAUUCUGUGGAUUCGUUUGACGACGUGGACUUUAAGUUUACAAAAGUAGACACUCAGGCGAAAUAUGAUGGGGUCCCUGUUACAAACGUGAACCUAUCAGCGACCCUACCUCCUUCUUCUUCUCUGGAGAUCAUGGUUUAUCUAUUUCGUCAGGCGGGGAAGGUUACAUUUGGGAAUGAAACCUUCAGGGUGGAAAAAGGAACAGUCAAAUUUAAUAUUAAGAUCAGCAACUGGGAUUUCUGUGACGGGUCGUUUGUUGACUGCAGUGAAGGCAAAGUUGGAGAAUUUCUUGACCUAAAACUUAAAAUCAAGAGUAAGGAUUCUCCAGCAGAAAUAAGUGACGAUGACAGAAAAGCCGCCGCCAAGAGACCCAUCUGUAAAGACGAGGACAGUGAUGACGACGGCCCCGAUGAUCCGAACGAUGACGAUGAUGAUGACGAUGAUUGUCCGAACAUUUAUGACAUCGGUGGAGACUCUGAAAUGCUGCUUAACAAAGGGGUGGUUACCGAUGAUGAUAAAUACACUGCCUUCCCCCAAGGAUAUCCUAAAUUUGAGAUCGAGGAUGGAGAGAAGAAGUUCGUCUUCCGAAUCCCUAAGUUCAAGAAGAGUGUCUUGGUUGAUCCAAGUGUAAACGUAGGCCGAGUCAAUGGCGCUACUUCUUUGGCACACGCUAAUAUUGGGCUGGCCCUUUUGCUAUUUGUCGCCGCUUUUUUCCUCACUAAUCUUGUCUAAAAGCUUUUUGUUAAUGGGUAAAAUUCCUUAUUAUGUGUCCGCUAGUAAUUCUUAUUCAUUGAACAUGAAAAAAUUGUUAUUGGUUAAAAAAAGUUACUAUCAAUUGCCCCUUUUAUUUUUGGCUCAAAUUUUGUCUUCCUUUGCUGCAAAUUUAUUAAUUAACUGUCUUACCAUACAUUAUCAUACCCAAAAACAAAGGAAAAUUGAAUUAUGAACCACAAGGAUAGAGUGGAACCACAAAUCUUGCAUAAGAGCUUGCGUGUAAUCAAGUUUAAGAUCCCUUUCGUCAUAAACACCACUUUGUUACUACUGCGUGAGCUUCUAAUUUUUGUUUAAAGAUUACUGACGUAACUUAAGGAUUAUUCAAAAUUGCUUUUCAAAUGAUUAGGCUGGAGUUGCAUUGUUCUACAUUUACAGAUGAAUUUCUGAUGUAGAGUAUUUAACGGUAUUUCUUAAGUUAUUGGGUCACUGUGGUGGCAACGCCCAAUCCAUCCCUUGAUGGAACGGUUUAAUUCCCUUUAUUAUUGAAGUCUACGAGUUCAGAAAUCGUUUGGGAAAGGCAAUUGCUUUCUCUCGUGUAAUUUGCUUUUGGCUUUACACGAAAAAAAUAUACGACAUGAGUCUAUUGAAAGGAUUAGGUAGGAAAAUCGUGACUAUUGUAAAGAAAAACAGGGGCUAUCAGGCGACGACGCACUCAGGUCGGAAGCAGUUUGCUGAGAUUCAAAAUGAAAAAUCUCCUUCAAACGGAAAACUAAUUUUGUCUCCUGACGCUGUAUCUCUUGCUGAGUGCUGACAAGAAUUUUCAAAAUGAAAUGCUAAAGAUCUGGGUUUUUCUGUAAUAAAUGUUAUGAAUCUUAUUAUAACUCUAAAAUUUAACAUAAUCUGCUGAACUGACUCAUGUUAGAUCAGUUUACGAUGUAACGCACAUUGUAAGGAAAUUAUGUAGCUUAGUGCUUGACACAGAAUUAAGAAUAAAAGAGAAA